AUGCCACCACCAGAACCAUCAAGUACACGAAAGCGUCUUAGAUCUCGUAUAUCAGACGAAGCCGACGAAUUAUCCCCUCUGCCUGCAAAAUCGCAAACAUCUGCAGCGAAACGUCAAAAGGUAGAUGCGCCUACCUCCAGGCUUGGUGGUAUCUCGGGUCGGUUCAAGAAACUGCUUGGAUUGAGCGUUAAGAAGGAGACUGAAGAUAGUGCAGACGAAUUGGGCAAGGAUAUCUACGACUUUAAGGUUACGGAUGACGAGGAAGAGAAUACAAAUGCAUCAGGGAAAGCGAAUACCAAACCGGUAGCGAGAAGCACCAAGGUGGCGAAGUCUACAGCAAAGGAAGUGGUGCCCCCUGUGAAACGUGGUCGUGGGCGACCGCCUAAGAAUAAAGAAUAUCUUGAGAAGGCGAAAGCAUUAUCACGACAAGCUAUCCAAAAUGAAUCUACGAAGGACCAGCAGAAUAAGGACAUUGAAGCUAGUAAUGAAGAUAUAGAAUCUGCGGAGAAGUCUAAAAAAUCAUCCAGGAGUCAAUCGACGCGAUUCUCUAAUUCUAAAGACGUAGUUUCAAAGGCUCGAGGAAAGAGCACUGAAAUACCUGAAUCCAGCACACCGAAACGUGGCCGGCCAAAGCGGAUAAUAGAUGGUUUGGCAGAUUCAACGGCCGCGACCCCAAAAGGUAUCCUGACUCCUAGCAAGUCUAGAAAUUCGACAAUAAGGAAGAGUGUUGCAUUCGAUGAAUCUGGUAAGGAUAAUUUAGAGGGGUUUAGAGAUAUUCCGUCUGAGGCACACCUCAAGAAUCUACAGGGUAAGACUAUACCAUCCACGUCGCGUUCGAUUGAUGGUUAUUAUGAGGACGAUUAUGAAGGUGCUGUUUGCGAGAUCUGUACAAAACCUGAUUCGGUAGCUCCGAACAAAAUUAUAUUCUGCGAUGGAUGCCCGCUCAUUGUGCAUCAGAAGUGUUACAGUGUGCCAAAAAUACCCGAAGGAGAUUGGUUUUGCAAGAAGUGUCAAAAGGCCGGAGUAGCAGCAGAGGCAGCGAGAGCUGCUGAAAGUGAUGGUUCGAGCGACUCUGAUGACGAAAUAUCAUGUGCUGUUUGCGAAGGAUUGGAUUCAGAGAAACCAAACGAGAUUAUUCUAUGUGAGAAUUGUGAUUAUGCCGUUCACCAAUCUUGCGGCAAUAUUCCCAAGAAGCCUCGGGGUGAAUGGCUUUGUAAAACUUGCAUUUCUGAUGUAGAUCAUGAUUUACUCGAUGGGGAAACAGAUUUGGGUCCAAUCUCAAAUGAAAUUCCCGAAAUCGAGGGGUUUGAAACCCAUCUGAAAACAAUGCAAAGAGCAUUACUGAAUCGCCUUACCGGAGAGAAACGUCUAAAAAUCCAAGGCCAUGAAGAUGGCAUGCAUAAGGUACAUCAGCUCGUCGAACAAACAGUUGUGGCGGGCGAGGGUAACUCUAUGUUGAUUAUUGGUGCAAGGGGUUCUGGAAAGACUACCCUGGUUGAAACCGUAAUUUCGGAUCUUGGAAAAGACCAUAGACAAAAAUUCCAUGUCGUUAGACUUAAUGGAUUCAUCCAUACAGACGAUCGGUUAGCGUUGCGCGAGAUAUGGAGACAGUUGGGCAGGGAAAUGGCAGUUGAAGAUGACUCUAAUGGCAAGAUUAAUAAUUAUGCUGAUACCUUGGCCUCUCUUCUGGCUUUACUCUCCCAUCCAUCGGAGAUAUCAGAAAUCGAGACAGACCAUGCUGCUAAAUCUGUUAUCUUCGUACUAGACGAAUUUGACCUAUUCACGACACAUUCUCGACAAACUUUACUCUAUAAUUUAUUCGACAUAGCACAGGCCAGGAAAGCGCCUAUUGCUGUACUUGGUCUAACCACCCGUGUGGAUGUAGUCGAGAGUCUAGAAAAGAGAGUCAAAAGUCGUUUUAGUCAUCGAUAUGUUCAUUUAUCAUUACCUAGAAGUCUUCCAGCAUUUUGGGAAGUAUGUAAACAGGGCCUCAUUGUUGACAGCGAUGAUUACGAUGAUGAGGAAUUUGAUAUCUCGACACCUGGACAAAAAGAGUUCCUAUCAUUUUGGCAGAACAUGAUCGAGAAACUAUACAAUAACGACAAAAGUUUCAAGCAUCAUAUUCAAUCAAAUUUUUACCGCUCUAAAUCGGUGCCUGCAUUUUUUACCUCCUCGAUUCUUCCCAUAUCAAGUCUUUCAAUGCAGAACUUUCCAUUACGUGGCCAAUCAUUUAAUAUGGCUAACAUGGCACUGUCAGCCCCGGACUCUAAACUCCACAUCCUUCAGGGUUUAUCCGAGUUGGAACUCGCUAUGCUGAUAGCUGCCGCACGACUUGACAUUAUUCUAGACACAGAUACUUGCAAUUUCGCAAUGGCUUACGACGAGUAUAGCUCCUUGACAUCAAGGUAUAAGAUACAGACAUCAAGCACGGGAGUUACAGCUUUAGGAGGUAGUGCUAAAGUAUGGGGAAGGGAUGUCGCUUUGGGGGCUUGGGAACGAUUGGUAGAUUAUGAUUUGCUUAUAUCUGCAGCUAUCGGUGCGGCACAAGUGGGUGGAAUUGCAGGUCGUAUGUGGAAGGUAGAUAUUGCAUUGGAGGAAAUCCCCGGCAGUGUCGAGGGUUUGACUGGGGUUAUGCUUAAGUGGUGUAGAGAAAUAUAA